GUAGUCACUGACCGUCGUCACUUUCCCAAAUGCAUUUGAUCGCACAAGAAGGCUGGACUAACUGCUACAUAGGGGGCACUUUUGUCUUUUUUCCAAAAAUGGUCAAAUAUUGAAGUUUGACUACAGAAAUUCAUGCUCAUUUUCAAAAUCUAUAAUGUAGUUAUAAUGACUAACGUAACAAAGUGAUUGUUUUAAAAUAUUAAAUGAAUACAGUAUUAAACUAUGUUAUUUUUAUGCUUGGUGGGCAGUUUGUGACCUGCUUACUCGGCCCGCCCCUGCACUAGAAGCUUCCAGCUGAUCAUCAUCAUCAUCAUCAUCAGCUGGACCCGAGUGGGGCCCUCUCACCGCCUUCACGACGAGAAGCACCCGCCUGCUGGUCAACGGACAGUGACGCGUCCCAUUUCCCCGAACACAAGGAGCAGCUUCCAAAAUAGACGGUGACCCAACCCACCCCCUCAUCACCCACCCACCCAGUCCAGCCGUCGUCCUCUGCCCGCCUCUUCUGUCGUUGUGUGGGGAGGACACACGCAGUCGCCUCAGCGGGCCCGCACUAGAACCAGAACCACAAGCAACAUCUCCGGUCCGGUCAGGGUACAGGGGUCUCCCCAAAACCUGAGCCAUGAGUCGCAGCAUCGUGCGGCAGAGUAAGUUCCGCCAUGUCUUCGGCCAGUCUGUCAAGGCCGAGCAGAGCUACGAUGACAUCCGCGUCUCUAAGGUGACGUGGGACAGUUCCUUCUGCGCCGUCAACCCCAAGUUCCUGGCCGUUAUCGUGGAGUCAAGCGGGGGUGGAGCGUUCCUUGUCAUUCCCCUCGCAAAGAUGGGUCGCGUGGACAAGAACUACCCUCUGGUCAUCGGACACUCUGGACCCGUUCUCGAUAUCGACUGGUGUCCCCAUGACGAUAACAUGUUGGCCAGUGGCUCAGAGGACUGCACCGCCAUGGUGUGGCAGAUUCCCGAUCACUCGCUGGUGCGCCCCCUCACUGACCCUGUUGUCGUACUGGAGGGUCACUCUAAGCGCGUUGGCAUUGUCAGCUGGCACCCGACCACACGCAACAUACUACUCACUGCGGCCAGUGACAACCUGAUAAUCGUCUGGAAUGUGGGAACGGGGGAGCCGCUUAUCUCCAUGGACGACCACCCUGACCUCAUCUACAGCAUCAGCUGGAACAGGAACGGAAGCCUGUUCUGCACCACCUGCAAGGACCGCCGCCUGCGCGUAUGUGACCCCCGCAAGGCCGACGUGGUGGCGGAACGCUUGGCUCCUCAUGAGGGCAUCCGACCCAUGAGGGCCAUCUUCACUAGAGACGGGAACAUCUUCACCACAGGAUUUACCAGGAUGAGCCAGAGGGAGCUCGGACUCUGGGACCCGACCAAUUUUGAGGAGCCGAUCGCACUGUUAGAGUUGGACACGAGUAAUGGCGUCCUGUUACCGUAUUACGACCCAGACGCCAAUAUGGUGUACUUGUGCGGCAAGGGAGACAGCAGCAUCCGUUACUUUGAGAUCACAGAGGAACCGCCCUACGUGCACUACCUCAACACCUUCAGCAGCAAAGAGCCGCAGCGGGGGAUGGGCUUCAUGCCCAAGAGGGGUGUGGAUGUCAGCAAGUGUGAGAUCGCCAGGUUGUACAAGCUACAUGACAAGAAGUGUGAGCCCAUCACAAUGACUGUGCCUAGAAAAUCGGACCUCUUCCAGGACGACCUGUAUCCGGACACGGCCGGCCCGGAGCCCGCCAUGGAACCCGAGGAGUGGUUGGAGGGGCGCGACCAAGACCCCGUGCUGGUGUCCAUGAAGGAGGGCUACGUGCCACCAAAGAGUCGGGAGCUCAAAGUGUCCAGGAAGAACCUGCUGGACUCCAGGCCCGUCCCCCGCCGCAGCAUGUCCACGUGCGAUGCCGCCAGACUGCCGCCAGAGCUGCUUGAGAGACUGCUGGAGGAGAUCCAGCACUUGAAGGCGACAGUGUCGUCUCAGGAGAAGAGAAUCUGUGACUUGGAGAACAAACUGUCCCAGUAUGCCAACGGGAUGGCCUGACUGAUUACACUCAUGCGGGGCCCCCUCCGGGAGCGGUUGUAAAGUGCUAUGCAAAGCUGCAGUGGUGCCGCAGCACAGUGCUCUGAGGUAGCGCCGUGCUGGAACAUAAUCCACAUUGCAGUGAGACUGUGGACUUAACAGACCUUUAACCCCAGAGUCAAACUCUACUUAGUGUUUUUCUUCCAAAUAGGGACAAGGGCUGAAGGUUUGAGGGACACGCUAAGCUGACAAAGUCAAUGAAAAAGGGAUGAACAACUUCCUGCUUGGAAAGUACAGCAGUGAAUACGUUUGAAAAAGUAACAACCCCUUAAUUUUCUACAUCAGCUCAUCUCACAGUCCUUCAUGACGACAUGUAAAUAGACACAAAGGAGAGAAAACGCAUUCAACUUGUAGCAAAAUGUUAAGUCCUGUAAAAGAUUUGACACAUGACAACAGAAUAAAGUGUUUUUUAUAUUUGUGUUCAUUCAUCUGCUGCAACAAUCUCAACAUUUUCCUCCUAUAGGUUCUUCAUAAAUUGAAAUGUGGCUUCAGUGGUCAGCAGAUACUUUUUCACAGAUUAGUUUCAUGGAAUCAGCAGCAUAUGAUGAUUGGAAAAAAUUAUCAUUUCAUAAGGUCAGUUAAAACCAAUCCUUCAAGUACUUACCGUGUAUAUAUUAAACUUAUGCGUCUAUGGAAAGGGCAUUAAUUUUGGGGUACAAAAGCAGUUUUCCUCUUUUUUCCAUAUUUUAAAAUGCUUGCUUAGCAUUGUAAGCAUUUGAAGUUGUAGCAUUGUAUAUUGGCCACCAGAGAAAGAUAAACCCCAAAGAGCACACCUCAGCACUAUCAAAUCAUUAGCCCCAAUUAUAAAGCUCGCAACAGUUCUUCGAUUGGACUUUACCACACGUUAAGGCUCAGCAUGACUCCGAGUGCCAGGGUGAGCACAGCAUAGCUGAGGGGUGUUUGGGUGAGUGAAGAGGCCACACCCCCUGAGGUGGUGUUGAAGGCGUUGAAGGCGCACGUGCCCACAUUGCCCACGCGGUCCACCACCAGCAGCUCCACAUCAGGCGAGUCACACGAUGCGUUGUAGGUCGCCAGAAUGACAUUGGCGUCAUCAGGUGCCGGUCUGAUGUUCAGCUUUCCGUUGCCUUGCGUGAGGCUGACCCGCUCCACACCAGUCCCUUCAGUGCCGUCGCUCACGCGCAGCCACAACUCCCACGAGGUUGUGUUGCAGUUGUGUACGCAGUUGACGAUGCACAGCACCUCACACACGGGAGCUGUGAAGUCCAUCACCUGCAAGGAGACAGGAAGUGCUAAGACUAUGUUUUGCCAGGUGGAAUGAGACCGGCAGGGUUACCAACUGGAUUUAAAACGGAGAUCCUGAGGACAAUGUAAUUAAUGUCCAGGUCUCCGGUGUCUUCUGCCUCUAUGACGAGGGUGACCGUGGUGCCCGACGGUGUGUCGAGGGGCACAGAGAGUGUCACUGUGCCGUUGGCAGUCACUCCUGGCUCCACCAGGAGAGUGCUAGGAGCACUGACUGUGUAGAGAGGGUUGUUGGUGGUGCCCCGGAUUGAGACAUUCCCUCCAGUUCCCUCG